UUUACUGUUAUUAAUUAUAUUUAUUUAUUUUUCUUAAAUUUUUUAGUGUUUUGGUUUAUCAAUUUAUCACAACACAAAUUAUUUUUAUAAAUGAGUUGGAGAAAUUUUUUAACUCCUUAUGGAGAAAAAUAUUUAAUUUAAAAGGAAGAAGACCAUAGCGUUUCAUAGGUUUCAUAAAAUUCUUGCAGCCCCAUUCAUGGGAUGCAAAUAAAUAAAUCAAAAAGUAGUUUAGAUAUUUCGCAAACAACUUAUGCUUAGUAGGAUAUUUCAAAGCUUCUCAACAAUAAUCUACCUGUUCAUUUUAACAACAAUAGCAAUAAUAACUCUGCAAGAAAACACCACAACAAAAGCGAAUUAGAGGAUAACACUUACAACAUAUCUAUAACUUAAGAUCCAUUUGCAAAUAGUUCAAAUAAUGUUUCAUAUAAUUUAUCUGUAUAGUAAAAACCUUCAAAAUAUGAAAAUAAACUUGCAAAAAUUAAGGAUGAAAUGUCUAAAUUAAAAAUAGAAUUGAGUAAAUUUCCUAAAAAGAAUGGGAGAAAAAAUUCUUAACCAAGUGCAUAAACUGCAAUUAAAACAGAUGGAAAUUAUAGUAGAGUAUCUAAUGAAAAUAUUAAUCCAAUAAUUUAAUCAUAAAGGUAGAGUUUACAAAGCAUAAAAUAUGAUAAUCAAUUUAACAAUUAAUAAUAACUAUUAAUGAAUAGACAUAGAAAUUCAUUACAGUAAAUUAGAAGUUAAUAAGAUUUAAGUUUAACAAACCGCGAUGAAUUAAGUUUUAGCUAGAAUAAAUAGAUAUUAGACCAUGACAGCUUUAUUACAGAAGAUGAUAUUUAAUAAAUUUCAGAUUCCCUCCAAGAUCAUUUAAACAAUUACAACAAAUUAAGUGAUAAAUUAAAUGUUGUACAAAAUAUGAAUAAGCUUCAUAUUUAACAAUAAAAUUUACCCCAAAAUAAUUCCUAACUUACUACCGCUCAUUUAACGAGUUUAAACACUUAAUAAAAUACAAUGAAUAGAAAUUAACUCACAAAUGUUUAGAUAAUAAAAUAAACUUCUGAUAAAGAAAUACAAACUUAAUGUUUCAAAGAGUCAGAAAAUAAUACUACUACCACAACGAGCCAACCUGACCAAUAAAAGUCAAGUGAUCAUUAGAAGAUUGCAAGCCUUAGAUAAGAUAGAAACCAAUUAUUAGAAGCACUUGAGAAUGUUUUGCAAGUGAUAAGCAUUGAUAAAUAAAAAAAUAGCGAUACUAAAUAAAUUAGUCAGCUCAAAGAAUGUUAAAAGUAAAUGAAAAAGGUAAAAAAGUCUUUCAAGAGAGAUUUAAACAGCUUGAGAUAGGAAUUUUUAGAUAUUGGACAUAUUGAACCUUUGAAUAUGUCUUACAAAAAAGAGUUUGAAACUUUAAUCAAUUACUCCUCACUUUAAAGUCUUCCUAAGAAUUCAGUUAAAAAUUCUCCAAACAGCUCAAAUUUAAAAAACUCAAGCACAUUAAUUACAACAACCUUACCUCAAUAUUAUUUUAUGCCUCUUCAAUAAAAUAAAAGCAAGAAUAGUACAGCUAAAAACGAAACAGAUGGAUAAAGUAAUGCUGCUCAUUUAUUUUAAACGGAUGAAAUUUAUUUUAGACAAAAUGGACUUUUAGGAAACAAUACAACAUGUAUAAAUAAGUAAAGUGUAAAUAAUUUGGUUCUUAGUGAUGAAAUUAGCUUUAGGUAAAAUGCUUUAUUGAAUAAAAGCAAUCCUGUAAGCUAGAAUAACAGUAGUAAUAAACCUUGUAAUACAAGCAAUUUGCUUUCAACAGAAGAUAUAAGCUUUAGAUUAAAUGUCCCAACACCUCUUCAUCUAUCACAAAAAUCAUAUGAAUUAAAGUAAAAAAUAUCUUCAAACUCAAAAUCAAUUAAUUUAUCAAAUUAAAAUAACAAUUAAAAUCACAGCCUAUCACCAAUAAGUGGUAAUACUUAGGAAAAUAAUUAAAAUAAUGAAAAUAAAGGAUUGCUUUCAACUCUGUCUCUAAUGGAAUAAUAUAAGCAGUAAUAACUAGAAAAAUAAAAGCCAUUUGAAAAAUAACAUUUAAUCAUAAAUUCCUCUGAUACUUAACAAUCAUUAACUCCCUCAAAAUAUUAAUAGAAAAAUAAUUAUAUUAAAGAAAGUAUUUUUAACUCUCGGUUAUCUCCUAACUAAUUGUAAAAUUAAAAAAUUUCACCAAAAAAAGAUUUCAAUCUCACAAAUCUAGAAUCGAAUUACUAAACAUUUUAGUAAUAAGAACAAUAAGAUAGCUAUUAUAAUUAUUGA